AUGUCGUUUUUAUUUCGAUCAAAAACUCCUGGAAUCUUACAGUCGAAUGUAUAUGUUUUAUUUUUAGAAUGCAGUGGUGGUGACACCACUUGUUCAUUGACGGAGCCAGUUGUUGUAUUAGAGAAACCCACAGAGUCAGACAUGCAGGUGGAUGGUUCUCUCCUCGAACUAUUAACUGACUUGCCUGAAGUAAAAUGUGCUUCUGAUGAUAGCACAGAUGCUGCACAUUAUCAUUCUGUCAUAGAAGAUGAGAAUGUUGCAGCAAGUAAUUGUUUUGAAAUGAAUAAUGAAGUGACAUCAACAGCCAAUGACUCGGUGUCUGUUGUCAAUACCGUGUGUAAUUCUGUGGCAAAGUUUGUACAAGGAGUGAAAAGAAAAUUUCGUCGGAUUACAAAAGCAUUCUCAGAAGACGACUCCUCAGGCGAAGACCAUCAGCCAAUAGCUAAGCGUCUUCGAGCAUCUAAUGCAAGCAAGUCGCUUAAGAUUUCAGAUUCUGGUAAAUCCCCGAGUAGCUCACAGUCGUCAUCUAAAGCUUCACCCAGAAUAAGAAAGCGUAUUCCAUUGAAGGAGUUCAACGUAUCUACUGAGCGUAAUUAUAUGAGGUCGAUCAAUGAAGUUUAUCAAAUUUCAAUAUCUAAUUGUAAUUAUAAUGAGUUGAGUAAACUUUUCGAAUAA